AUGGCGGGCAUUAGUGCGUUGGCCUGGAUUUUUCUUGCUUUUCGAAUGGCUCAAUGCAACCUCAGGACUCAAAUACCGCCCUCUUUCUUUGCUGCGAUGCCGAUAGUACCAUGCAAUGCCUAGAGCGCUACGUUGACACAGCUGUCGGACAGCAUCUGCUACACGCAUUGUGUCUAACCCUCUACGACACGAUAUUCGCAUCCCAAUCGUUUACAACGCCUCUUUCAAGUGCUUUCAGAGCUAGAGAACGCCUUUCGUUCACCCCUCUCCUACUCUAUCGGGCUUCGAGCACCGCUUCUGGCACUCGUAUCUCUCCUGUAUCCCUGUUUCACGCCGACCUUGUCGUUUCUCCCUUGGGGCCAAUAAUCUUCGCCACCGCCAGCUACGAAUAUGAAACGACGGAUAACAUUGCGGUAGACUGCGUGGAAGCGGCUGGCGCCUGCCUUGGGUAUGCCGUGGUCUUCCCAAAGUCAGCGCCGCAUGAUGUGGUUGGGGAGCACGCGAAGGAGAGACGCUCUGAGGAGAACUCUGAUAGACAUAUUACAAAGGCGAAGACAGAGCCUGAGACGCUGGAGGGCCUACGCCCGACAUCAAGCAAAGUAUCCCGCGGUCGCGAGAUGAAACAGGGUUUGCUGCACGCUGUGGCAGUAGAGGACUUUGGGAAGAAAGCCUAUCCAUCCUGCUCGGACUAG